AUGCCAGGUCUUAGAAGAAAAAAACUGAAGUCGUUUGCACUAGAGGUUGAUACUGCAGAUUUGCUUAGGAUUGCACGUGCUACCUUCAAUAAGGCAGUUGGAAUUGUAGGGUUUGGAAAGGGUGCCCUCUGGUUCCCUUCACAGUUGGGCUCUCUUCUGAGCUAUAAGGGAUUCUCUUACUGUCUAAUAAGCUAUCGUUUUGAACAUAGUUCUAAUGUUUCUAGUCCUUUGAUAUUGGGUGCAUCUGAAAGCAUUUAUAGUGGAUCAAUGCAAUAUACCCCCAUGCUAGACAAUCCCAUGUAUCCAAACUAUUACUACAUUGGUCUCCAAGGGAAUAGUAUUGAUAACACAUAUUUAGAGGUCCCAUUGAGCUUGCAGGGAUUCCAUUCAGAGGGUAAUGGAGGUAUGAUUAUUGACUCUGGAACCACCUAUACCCAUCUUCCCGAAACAUUUUAUGAAAAAAUUCUCACUACUUUACAAGAAAUAAUUCCUUAUUCCAGAUCUCAUGAGUAUGAGAAACCAAGUAUAGAGGACGUUGGCAUUGGGCCUGCUGCAAUCUUUGGCAACUUUCAGCAGCAAAACUUUCAAGUUUUCUAUGAUUUGGAGAAGAUGAGAAUUGGAUUUUAG